CACUCAUACACACGCAUGCCAUGCUGCAAUACCGAAAACUCCUUGUGCAGCGUAGCAGGUUUCCUUCUAAAUGUCAGAUGUGGUUUUGUGCAGAAUUUUUUGCUUUGCUGGUUUGUUGUCAAGCCGAGUGGAGGAGGUGUUUACAUCCUGCUCAAACUUGUAUCCUCGAUUUAUAACACACACCUUUAACUCACAUUACAGCUCAGAGCACAGGCACCGUCAUUACUGUCAUGGUGAAUAACUGCACACUGGGGUUCUGGGUGUUUUGGGGCUCCAGUCAGCUCUGGGGUGUGUUGGGGUCGAUCAUGACGCUCCUGCUGCUUUCAUUCUCCUGCAAUAUUUUAUGCUGUCUUCAAAAACGGCUAACAGCUAAAGGGAAAAAGUUUCUCCCCCGAUUCAGAAGAAGUGUGAGUCUUAAAAACAGAGAGAUGGAGGAGAACCCUAUUUACGGUAACAUCACCUACACAGAUGAGAAACAGGAAGUGAAAACUCCCGCUGAGAACUUCUCUGCUCGAGACUGCUAUGCUAACCUGAGCCUGAAAGCUCCUAAGCCUUCAGCGCCUGGCCGUGCGUCUCCUCUUAGUCAGAUCCAGUAUUCAGAUGUUCUGAUGAUCUGUGAGGAACCAGAGGAGAAGAACUCAGAAGAUAAGGACUCCUGCUCAGGUCUGUCGGAUCUGUAUGCCUCGGUCGAUGCAGAACGUAUUAAGAGCAAGAAGGAGCAGAGCAAUGAGCCAUACGCCAAUCAUGUGUGAGGAGCAAGGACACGCCCCUCUGCUGUCUUUUCAUCAACUUCAUUAUUAUCAUCACCUCCAUGAUCAUCAUAAUCACCACCAUCACAUACCCACCAUCAUCAUCAUCAUUACCAUCAUCCUCAUCAUCAUAAGCAUCAUCAGCUCCAUGAUCAUCAUCAUCACCACCCCAGCAUCAUCAUCAUCAUUACCAUCAUCCUCAUCAUAAGCAUCAUUAUCACCUCCAUGAUCAUCAUCACCACACCCACCAUCAUCAUCA